UUCUUCGUCCCAAAACUUUCGAAACACCCACGGACCCACCUCCUCCUCCCCUCCACCGCCAAAAAAACCACGACCCUUUCCACUCCAUCCCCCAUUUGCGCAUUUCGACGAACAGUUAUGGCGCAAGCAGCCCGCCUCAGCCUCAGGCUGCAGAGGGAGCUUAAGCUCCUCCUCUCCGAUCCUCCCCCGUCCACAACAUUUCCCUUUCUCUCCGGCGGCUCCGAUCUCUCCUCUCUCACUACCAUCGAGGCCCACAUGGAAGGCCCCGAAGGCACUGUAUACGCGAAAGGGACAUUCAAAAUCAAGAUCCAAGUGCCAGAAAGGUACCCGUUUCAGCCUCCGGUUGUUACGUUUGCUACGCCGAUCUACCACCCGAACAUUGAUACUGGUGGCCGCAUUUGCCUCGACAUUCUCAAUCUUCCUCCCAAGGGUGCCUGGCAGCCGUCGUUGAACAUUUCGACUGUGAUUACUAGCAUAAUGCUGCUGCUUAGUGAACCGAAUCCUGAUGAUGGACUGAUGUGUGAAGCAAGUAGGGAGUACAAAUACAAUAGACAGGCCUUCGAUCAGAAAGCACGAGCAAUGACUGAGAAACAUGCUAGAUCUGGAGUUGGCGAGCAAAAUUUGGGGAACCAAUCCGCUCAUGUUCAUACAGACUUAACCAAGAUGGUAGCAGAAGGUGUGAAAUCUGAGUCGAAAGUUGAAUCAGUUGUUGGCGUUCCUAGUGAUAAUACUCCAUCUAUGAUCAGCAAGAAGCUUUCGUUGGAAGCCUCGACUAGCUCGUGUCAUGAGAGGGACAAUGAUCGAGGGACAAAUGAGGUAUUGAAAGAUGAAUCUUUCAUGCAAAAGCCCGCAAAGGCAAGUUAUGGAGGUGCUUUAAAGGGUAACUCUGACAUCAAUGCUGCAAGAAGAUACAACAAGCUGUCGAUGAGCAGAAGUAAGUUAUCUAUAGUAACCAAAGAUGAAAAUGCUAGCAUGGAUGCAUUGGAGUCGAAGCAUUUACAGUCUGCUGAACAGAAUCCACCUCCGUCACUUCCUAUGCCCUCUACUUGGCCCCACUCCAACUUGUCAACUGGGUCAUCUGCAUCAUCUAUGUCUCUCCACGGAGCUAAUGUCGACUCAAAGGAGGUGUGCAAGAAAGCAAGCUAUGUCGGAAAGAAGCUCUCCUUAGGUCAUAAAGGGUCAUCAUCGCUCAGCCGGAAGACAGCUGACAAGGAGAACAUUAAACCAAUGGAGACAUUGCUUUCAUCAGGUCAACAAAGUCCCAGAAGGAAGAGUACGAGCAGUGGCAGGAAACCAUCCUUGGUUCCUUUAACCCAGUUGCAGCAGGAGAGUAAUGUGGCCAAUAGCCAUACCUGCUUACCUUUGCAGAAUCGCUCCGACGAAGUUCUAACUAAAAGCAAAUCAUCUUGUCCAGAACACGGAGACAGAAUCGCUUGUGACACAAGACAUUGUGGCCAGGAAGAGUCACUACCACCGGCAACAGACUCGAUAAUUGUAUUGGAUAGUGAAGAUAGUGAGGAAGAAACAGGAUUAACUAGGCCGACGCUGAGGCUGCGCAUGUUGAAGAGAAGAAAGUCUCAAGCUUGA